GGCUCUGGUGAAGCUCCCCCCAGGUCUCCGCGGGCGCUCGCUCCCGCGUUCCGCGUCCGUCGCUGGAUCCGGUCCGACGCCCGGCUGGGCCAUGAGCCAGUGUGCGGAGGCGGCGGCGGUGGCGGCCACCGUGCCGGGCGCGGGCAUGGGGAAAGCCGGGCUGCGGCCACCCAUGGUGCCCCGCCAGGCGUCCUUCUUCCCGCCGCCUGUCCCCAACCCCUUCGUGCAGCAGACGCGGAUGGGCGCUGCGAGGCGUCUCCAGAUUUUAUUUCUUGGAAUUAUCCUGCUUCCAAUCCGUGCCUUGUUGGUCGCAUUAAUUAUAUUACUGGCAUGGCCAUUUGCCACCAUUUCAACAGCAUGCUGUCCCGAAAAGCUGACCCAUCCAAUAACUGGUUGGAGGAGGGAAAUCACUCAACCAGUUUUGAAGUUUCUGGGUCAUGCCCUGUUCUUUUCAAUGGGAUUCAUAGUUACUAUGAAGGGAAAGGUGGCACGCCCCAUGGAGGCCCCAGUUUUUGUUGCUGCCCCCCAUUCAACAUUCUUUGAUGGAAUUGCCUGUGUUGCAGCCGGGUUACCUUCAAUAGUAUCUCGAAACGAGAACGUACAGGUCCCUCUGAUUGGCAGACUAUUACGAGCUUUGCAGCCAGUGCUGGUAUCCCGGGUAGAUCCGGACUCUCGAAAAAACACAAUAAAUGAAAUAGUAAGGCGAGCAACAUCAGGAGGGCAGUGGCCACAGAUACUAGUUUUCCCAGAAGGUACUUGUACUAAUCGUUCCUGUUUGAUUACUUUUAAACCAGGAGCCUUCAUUCCUGGAGUUCCGGUGCAGCCAAUCCUCCUCAGAUACCCAAACAAGCUGGAUACCGUGACUUGGACGUGGCAAGGAUAUACAUUCAUUCAGCUUUGUAUGCUUACUUUCUGCCAGCCCUUCACGAAGGUGGAAGUUGAGUUUAUGCCUGUUCAGAAACCAAAUGAUGAAGAAAAAAGCGACCCUGUCCUUUUUGCUGGUAGAGUCCGGAAUUUGAUGGCAGAAGCUUUGGGAAUCCCCAUAACAGAUCAUACCUAUGAAGACUGCAGAUUAAUGAUUUCAGCAGGACAGCUAACAUUGCCUAUGGAAGCUGGGUUGGUGGAAUUUACCAAAAUUAGCCGGAAAUUGAAGUUAGACUGGGAUGGUAUUCGUAAGCAGUUGGAUGAAUACGCAAUAAUUGCAAGCUCUUCAAAAGGAGGGAGAAUCGGAAUUGAAGAAUUUGCGGAGUAUUUGAAGCUGCCUGUUUCAGAUGUCCUGAGACAACUCUUCGCACUCUUUGACAGGAACCAUGAUGGUAGUAUCGACUUCCGCGAGUAUGUGAUCGGCCUGGCUGUCUUGUGCAACCCUGCCAACACAGAGGACAUCAUCCAGGUGGCAUUUAAGCUCUUUGAUGUUGAUGAGGAUGGCUACAUAACAGAGGAAGAGUUUACCACCAUUUUGCAGGCCGCCCUUGGGGUGCCCGACCUGGAUGUUUCUGGUCUCUUCAAGGAGAUAGCCCAGGGGGAUUCUGUUUCCUAUGAGGAAUUUAAAAGUUUUGCCCUAAAGCAUCCAGAAUAUGCUAAAAUAUUUACGACCUACCUAGACUUCCAGACGUGCCACGUGUUCUCAUUACCAGAUGAAGUCCAGCCAGCUCCCCUGGUCGCCAGUAACAAAGUCAGCCCUGAAAAUCAUGACGAGAGUACCUCAGACAAAAAAGAUGACUGAAAGCAAAUAUUCGCAAUAAGGGAAGGCUUUUACCUGAAAUUGCAAAAGGAUUUGUUGAUAGUUGUUUUCAAAAUGAUUUCUGAAUAAUGAUGAUGUUUAAAAUGGAGAGCUUUUUUAAAAAUAAAAAUAAUAGAUUUUCUUAUUAAAAUGCUUUUAUCCACAUAUGUAUAUUAUUAAGUAAUAUUCCCUUUCUUUGAUGUUAUAUUGUGCUGUACUGAUUAGUUUCCUGGUGAUAAAUAUGUUUUUAUGGAUUUUCCAGUUUAAUUUGCAAAUGCAAAUGAAUGAAAUGGUCUCACUUAUUUACCGAUGAGCAUUAAUCAAUGCUGCAAAGAGUUUUAAAAAGUGCAAACACUUUUUAAUCUACUUCCCUCUAAAGACGUGAAGUAAUAGUGUUAUCUUGAAUCCCUUCCCAUUCGGGAAAUAAGAACAUUGCAGGAUUUUAUGCCUCUAACUUCACAGAUGUAUUAUUUCAUUUCUGGUUCAGUUUCUUGGAUCACUGAAUAUGAUGGAUUGGAAGGGAGAGCUCCCAUUAAUUCGAUGAGACUUCUUAGAGCUCAUAUUCUCUUUAUUGCAGAUUUCCUCUUACCCACCUGCUAAGGAAAUUAUAUAGUUGUGCAUGAUCUACAGUUUAGAACUUUGUGUUAAAGAGCAAGGCUAUGGCCAAAGGCUAAGUGGGAAGUGCCUUAUUGCAGGUAACCUUGACUGCCUGAUGAGAACAUGAAUCACAUGCCACAGAAUCUAGUCUAAGUUGGAUGGUUCAGAAUGUAGGGCUUACCCACUAACUGGGUCAGAUUCACUCCAUUUAUUACAGAGUAUUGGAAUUAACGCAUUUUACCAUCCAAGUGGGAGUUUUAUUUUGUUAAGCGUCCUCUCAGAUUUUAGAGCUCGCCUGAGAUAUCUACAGGGAAAACACAAAAGGUUCCAAAGUAUCAAAAGCUAGGGAAUCCAAAAACAAAAACCUACUUAUUAAGGGGAGGCAGCAACUUAACCCCCUGGCAACCCCCUAGCAAUGACAUCUAUCCUUCAGGGGAGGCAAUAAUUUCCCCCAAGUGCCAUUUUUAUUGGAUGUCACGCAUCAUACCUAUUGUUAAUGUCGCCCACGUUUGAAAUUUUGAACAAAGAACCAAUUUCUAUAAUAUAAUGUACAAAAAAUAGCUGGUUCAUUUCUGAAUUCCGUCUUUGAAUUUGAUCUCUUUGUCUUGGCUGUGUUUCUGAAUAUAUUGCCGAUUUACCCCCAAACUCAUUUUUUAAAGCCAUUUGUGAAGGUGGGAAGUGUCACGAGAGGUGAGUCAUCAUUUCAAACUAGUUUUACACAUUAGGCUGUGAGUGUUCUAAUUUAAUGAGUGAAUUUGGAAAUUGCGUACUAAAAUGUGUUAUCCGUCAGUGUAUAGGAUUGUUUGCUUUUUGUAUGUCUUAAAGCUGAAAACAGUUGCUUAAGUAAUUAGAAAAGUACCUCUCUAUAAUAGUGUCUGCAUAUGCAGCGGAAUGGAUGUACUACUCAGGUACCCUGAUUGCUUUUUAUCAUAGAAAAGCUAUGUAUUACUACUAUUAAUUAUGAAAAAGUAGCAUUGUAAAUUGGAAGUUUUCUAUGGGGCUCUUGAAAACGAUCCCCUUGUUUUCCCAUUUUAAAAUAGUAUCUUAUGCUCCUUAAGUCCACUUCUGCCAGUGCAAUAUUCCUAUUUUAUUAUGUUACUUGAAUAAACAAACUUGCCACAUAAAAUUCUUGGCAAUU